UCCCUUAUUCACUGCUCUAUUAAAUUCUCCCACCCACCCACCCCCCAAAAUCACUUCACUCAUCCUCUCAUUUCUUCCUCCGCCGUCCGAUCCUUCAACUCAGAUCAAUCGUCGCCGGUGAAUCAUCGGAUAUAGUAGCAGAAACAACAGUUCAUCCUGGAUUUGUAGUUGUCUGGAGUUUUACGGUGAUGUCGGUGGAAGAACGGCCGUCGACUUUAGUGGUGGAUCCGUUGUUGAAGGAUCUGAGUGAGAAGAAGCAGAAUUUCCGGCGAAACGUGGUGUCGCUUGCGGCGGAGCUCAAGGAGGUUCGCAGCCGUCUUGCUUAUCAAGAACAGUCGUUUGUUCGUGAAACCCUAACCAGACAGGAAGCAGAGAGUAAAGCUAAGAAAAUGGAAGAAGAGAUAAACAAAUUGCAGAAGAAUUUGGAGGAAAAGAAUGGAGAGCUUCAAUUUUCAGCUUUAAACACUGAGAAGUAUGUCAAGCAGUUGGAUGACCUCAAAUCACAACUUUCUGCUACUCAAGCAACUGCAGAUGCAAGUGCUGCAUCAGCUGAAUCUGCACAGCUUCAGUGUUUGGUGCUUUUGAAAGAGUUGGAUGAGAAAAACAGCUCACUGAAGGAACAUGAAGUUCGUGUAAAUAAACUUGGUGAGCAAUUAGAUCUUUUGCAGAAGGAUCUUCAAGCAAGAGAAUCAUCCCAAAGGCAAUUGAAAGAUGAAGUAGUGAGAAUCGAGCAUGAUAUCAUGCAAGCAUUAGCAAAAUCUGGAGCAAACACAGAUUGUGAACUGAGGAAGGUCUUAGAUGAGGUCUCUCCAAAGAACAUUGAGAAGAUGAACAAGCUGUUGACUAACAAAGAUGAAGAACUUGCCAAACUCAGGGACGAAAUCAGGAUCAUGUCUGCCCACUGGAAGCUAAAAACCAAGGAGUUGGAAUCUCAGUUGGAAAAGCAUCGUAGGGCUGAUCAAGAGUUGAAAAAGAGGAUUAUGAAGUUGGAAUUCUGUCUCCAAGAGACUCGAACGCAAACUCGCAAGCUUCAAAGGAUGGGGGAACGACGUGACAAAGCUAUUAAGGAACUGAGAGACCAAUUAUCAACUAAGCAAGUCGGAACUUCAAGCAACAAUAAUCAGAACUUCUGGGAUACCUCAGGAUUCAAGGUUGUCGUUUCAAUGUCGAUGUUGAUGUUAGUCCUCUUUUCUAAGCGGUAAUACUUACCAUUAGUAUAGUUGACAAUGUAAAAAGGAGAAGUGUAGCUAGUUACAACUUAGAAGAGAGAUUAGGAAAAGCUGUAGAGCUACUGUUUCAUACAUUAGAAUGUUAAUCAUACUAUAUGGGGGCCUAUCUUUUUGUACCUUAAGGGCAUCACAACUGAAUCCAACAUCUCGAUGUUCAAUUAUUAGAUAU